AUGAUGCACUGAUGUGACUCGCAUCUCAGUAUAAAAAAGUUGAGCUUCACCCUUCAAACCAGUUCAGUCAUCCCACAGACACUCCUAGGAAAACAAGCCAGCCUUCCUGGGAACAGAACCACAGAGCACAGCAGUACACAUUCUCUCAUCUCUCCCUCGAUGCCUAUCUCUGAUCUCAGGAUGUGGACUCUACUGCUUGGGGUUAUUUUCGGACUUCUGGCACCUGUUCAGUCCGACCCGGUUCCUGCCUCGACAGAACUUCUGGCUUCUAGGGAUUUUCUUGGGGAAACUUUCAAGAUCUUCGAGAAGCUUGUAGUGGGUCCCCUGGAUGCCACCAAUGGAACAUCCAGCAGUGAUGAAACAGUGGAACUAGAUCAUAUGGUGACCCCUGACCCUGUGACAUCUGACCCGGAAGACCAGCUGCCCACCUUUGACCCAGAGGAGGGUAGCACAGAUGAGACAGAGGGCAGCACUACAGAGGGCAGUAUGAAACACCCCACUUCAGGACAAGACGAUGAAGGGGAGCUGUUUGACGCCAACCUUAAACCUAGCUUUAACCUCCGCCCCAGUCCAACUCCUCGCCCCAGUCCAACUCCUCGCCCCAGUCAAAGCGACACAGAGGACAAUUAUGAAAAGUACAACUAUGAUUCCAGUCCAAGUGAUAGACCUGAUUCACCAGAGGAAGAUGAAAUGAUCCUGGAUACCGAAAGCCCCACAGUAGAGUUUGUCCCCACAGCAGAGUUUGUCCCCACAGCAGAGUUUGUCCCCACAGCAGAGGUUGUCCCCACAGCAGAGGUUGUCCCCACAGCAGAGGUUGUCCCCACAGCAGAGGUUGUCCCCACAGUAGAGGUUGUCCCCACAGUAGAGUUUGUCCCCACAGCAGAGGUUGUCCCCACAGUAGAGGUUGUCCCCACAGCAGAGUUUGUCCCCACAGCAGAGUUUGUCCCCACAGUAGAGUUUGUCCCCACAGCAGAGUUUGUCCCCACAGCAGAGUUUGUCCCCACAGCAGAGUUUGUACCCACAGCAGAUUUUAUCCCCACAGCAGAGGUUGUCCCCACAGUAGAGUUUAAACCCACCACUGAUUUUCCGAUGGAUUUGGAAGAUGUUAACGCAAUCCUUGACGCCAACCCCAACCCCAGCACCAGCCCCAGUCCUUAUCCAACUCAUGACGCUAACCCCAGCACCAGUCCUUAUCCAACUCAUGAUGCUAGCACCACAACAGAGCUAGAGGAGUUGGUGGACGAUAUAUUCAGACCAAAGUUUGUCGCCAGCCCUAGUCGUGUACCGGAUCCCAGCCCCAGCCAUAGUCCCAUCUCAGAGUUUGAAGAAGAAGACCUGUUACCUCUCAGCCUUGAUCCAAGCUUUAGUACCACCUCCAGACCGAGCCAAAGUUCGGGGAGCAGCCAUACACCUCGUUCUAACCUAACCAGUAUGACAGGCUUGGAGGAAGGCGGGGCUGCAAAGAUGAACACAGAGCUGGCCUUCACCUCAACCACCAGUUCUGCCGCACCUACAACAGUCAGGAUGAAUUCAGACAUCGAAGGGUCAGGGUCGGGAUUCCUGCCUCAGAGUAGCACCACAGUAGCAGCCCCUGCUGGCGAGGAGGACCAAACAUACAACUCCCUAGUCGAUAAGCCAUUCAUUGAAACAAAGACAAGAAUUCAAGGCAGCAAUAGGUUUGCUCUACCAAGGGAGGAACCGGCAGUGGAUACCUCUACAGUUCUUCAUGAUGCAGCUGCUGUAAAACCAACCCCAUCCAGACAACAUGAUUCAUAUACAUCGGGUUGGUUGAUCAUCGUUGCCUUCGUCGCGGGCGUGGCGGUCUUGGUCGUAAUCUGUGUCGCCAUAGGUACCAGAGACAGGUGGAAUGCACCGGCCCAGGCUUCUGAGAAGAAGGUGGCCAACGCGAGCUCAGGAGAUGAGAAGGCGGAGCGGGAAAUGGAGAGGUUUCUGUCUAAAGAGAGACCAAGGGAAAACAUCCAUGCUGGAGAGUACACUGUCAUACUUCUGGAGGACCUCCCUGAGAAAGAGCCGCUGGACUGAGACGGGCCAAGGAGAUGCAGAACGGGGACAAAAUAACAACAACUGACACUUUAGAAAUAGAAUGGAACGGGUCUCCCCAUUCUAGUCAAUGGUGGCAUAGUGGGUGGCAUAGUGGGUGGCAUAGUGGGUGGCAUAGUGGGUGGACCCCCCCAUUCUUGACACACACAGGAAACUGUUGAGUGUGAAAAACCCAGCAGCAUUGUAGUUCUUGACACAAACGGGUGCACCUGGCACCUACCCUGUUCAAAGGCACUCAAAUAUUUUGUCUUGCCCAUUCACCCUCUGAAUGGCUCACAUACACAAUCCAUGUCUCAAUUCUCUCAAAGCACAAUCCAGUCUCCUCCCCUUCUUCUACACUGAUUGACGUGAAUUUAACAAGUGACAUCAAUAAGGGAUCAUGGCUUUCACCUGGAUUCACCUGGUCAGUCUAUGUCAUGGAAAGUUUUCUCACAGCAGGGAAAUAGUCCUGCAGCAACUGGAAAUGUGAAUGAUUGUGUGGUUUAUAAUUAUUGGACAUUUUAGUAGGGGUUGGUAAUGCAUUUUUGUAGUUAGGGCAAAUCAAGUCUGACAUUUUUAAGCGGAAAUUACAAACUUUAGAACUAUUUUUAAACUUUGAAUAACUACAAGUUUGCAUUUCCUACCUUGCAGGAAAUUUGCUGCAACAACCGGGUGAUCAAAUUAAGACCCUCCAUCUGUAGCUAGUGAUUCCUGAUUCUAUGCCUGUGAAUGGAGACAUUCUAGAAUGUAUGUGGGACAGUUUGAACUGUCCCUUUGACCUUUGGUAGCCCAGAUAAGUCAGACUGAUAAACAGCUGUUCCGAAGGGCUGUGGAUGAACACGUCUCUAUAUCUCUGUUGACAUUAUGUAUAUUAGCAAAGUUACAAACACUGUCAGAACCAUUGUUAGAAAAAAAGAAAACAAGGUCAUACUGAAUUUCUAAUUCUCACUCACCGACCAGUGUUGUUGUUGUUGUUAUUGUUAUUGUUAUUGUUGUUGUUGUUGUUGUUGUUGUUAUUAUUGUUGUUGUUAUUGUUGGUGUUGUUGUUAUUGUUGUUAUUGUUGUUGUUAUUUUUGUUUUUAUAUUGCACUAUUUUUUUAUCAACAAAUCUUAUUUGUGUACAUGUUUUUGAUCAUCCUGUAAAAGAAAAUACAGAAUCCAUACAGAAUAUAAAUGAA